AUGUCUAUCUAUCUAUCUAUCUCAGUCUCUAUAUUUAUCUACCUACCUAUCAUUUCAGUCUCACCUUAUCUAUCUAUCUAUCUAUCUAUCUAUCUAUCUAUCUAUCUGUUGUGCCUGGCUUCCUCCAUUCCUCCCAUCCUGCUUUCCUUCCUUAAAUUUAAUUUCAUUUUCCUCUUUUUACUUUUUAUUGCUUUUCUUACAUCUAUCCGUCACCAAGUUUUAAAGAGAUCAAAUUUUCGUCUUAGCGUUAUCUUUUCCCGCCUCAUCGUUUCUUUUUUUUCCCGCCUUUCUCUUUUCAUAUUGUGUCUAUUGCUUUCAAACUUUUUUUAUUCCACCUCUCUUUCCCAUAUUUUCCAAUUUUCUUCUUUCUUUCUCUUCUUCAUUCAGAUGUUCAGCUGUUUUUCCUUCAUUCGUUAUUCUUUGUUUCUAUUUUCCUAUAAUUCAUGUCCUUUUCUUCUUUUCUUUUAUUUCUUUCUUCUUUUGUUCUUUUUUUUUAUCAUUUCUUUAUUUUAUUUAUUGCUUCUCUGUCUAGCCAUUUUUCUUUAUUCCUUCUUUCUUUCUUUCUUUCUUUCUUUCUUUCUUUCUAUUCAAAUGUCAUGUUUCUUUCCUUUCAUCGUUUAUUCUUUCUCUCUGUCCUUAUUUAUGCACUCAUUUAUUACAUCUUCCAGAAAAAUAUGUCCUUUCCUUUUUUGCUUUCAUUCCUAUUUGCCUUUUGUUUAUAAUUCGUUUUCUUUUUUCUUUUCUCUUUCUUCCGUUCAUAUCCUUUUUUCGCAGUUAUUAUUUGACUGCUUGUAUUUCACUUUCUUUCAUCUUUCUUUCCUUCUUCCUUUCAUUUGUUCAUUAGUUCUUUGUGUUUUUUUUCUAUUUCUUUCAUCUUUCUAUUUCCUUCUUCCUUUCAUUUAUGUAUAUUUUCAUUGUUUCAUUUCUUUUCUAUCUAUCUAUCCAUCUAUCUAUCUAUCUAUCUAUCUAUCUAUCUAUCUAUCUAUCUAUCUAUUACCUAGAGAGAUGUAUAUUUUCUAUUUUCUAUCUAUCCAUCUAUCUAAUCUCAUUUUUCUUGAUCUAUCUAUCUAUCUAUCUAUUUUCUUGAUCUAUCUAUCUAUCUAUCUAUCUAUCUAUCUAUCUAUUACCUAG